AUGCCCUCAAAGCCUGUCGCCCUUACCGACUCUAGCUUUAGCCAUAAAGCUCGGAACAUGUUCUCUCGCUCACCUUCUUUGUCGAAAACACCGUCAAUAACACGGAGAUUUCUCUCUGGCUCCAGGGAUUUGGGAAACGAAACUUCCCUCGCCCUCAAGUAUCAAUACGAAGCUGACAGGCUUCACGAGAGGGGGGAUUGGGAGGGGGCCAUCGAUAAGUAUCAGCAAUGCACGAAGUAUGCCCCCGAAAAUGGCUAUUUAUGGACCAGCAUGCAAGUUCUCCCAUCUUCGUGGCUUUGGCUUCGUGCUACCUACACAUGCAGCGGUGAGCCACCUGGCGUGUCGCCGUGGGCAGCGCUUGUCUUGACCUUUCGAUUCCUCAGGUACAACGAUGCCAUCACCAGUGCUCGGAAAGCGAUCAAUAUAAAUUCACUUAAUGCCAAAGCAUGGAGUCAAGUCGCCGAAGCGUACGGAAGGCUCGAACAAUGGAACAGCGCGUUCGAAGCCUACGACCAUGCGAUAUCGUUAUUGAAAUCACAACAGCCCCCCGAUGACAAGCUGCGGGGUGAGGUGCAGUUGAGCUACAGCGAGGCAAAGAAACGUGCUAAACAUCGGGGGGAGGACGCCUCGAGGCAACUUGUAAGCGCACCGACUGGUCAACAGUCGUGGGAAUUGGCUGCAUCAAUCGCAGCUCAAUUCAAAUCAUUGCCCCGAUCACAGCAAGAGGAGACCAGUACAAGCGCAUACGUUAUUUUAGAAGCCCAUGAAGAAUUCAAAAAGGGCUACUCCCUUAUCCAGGAAAUAAAGGAGGUACCACUGCCUGGGGGAGGUACUGGGAUAUCAGGGAAUCCCCAGGCUAUUGCCUACAUGACUAAUGGCAUUGUACGUGACGAUCGAUGUUUUUAUAUGGAAGACAGUGAGACGUUUUUGAGGCAAUUGGCAGCUCAAGCACAAUUCGAGAUUAUUCGGUCUGACGCGUGGGAUCUGAGUGCGACAGAUGAAACAGUGAUCAGAGAGGCGAAAGGGCGCCAAGUAGCCCGGGGAUGGGACGAUGUGCGUCCAGCAUUAAGUACAACAGUCAGAGUGUGGAUUUUGAAUGCUCACAUAUCGCAAGGUCUUGCCCAGUAUGGUCAGGCUGUGGGGCUAUAUAAGCGCGCUCUAGCCGUUCUUGACUGGGGACGGAAGGAGUGGGCUGAUGCAAACCGGAAGGAGCGGGGGGCUAUUUUUGACUCGACUUUUGUUCGCGGGGUCAGGGUUCUGUACGUUCAAACUCUGGUCAAAGCGUACGAGCAAACUAUGAGCGAUAAAUCCCAUCCUUACAACCUUCGUGAAAUUAUGGAGGUUGCUGAUCGAAUACAAGCCGAUUGUCGGGAUCGCCCAGUCAAGAAGAUCCUGUCGUCCGGCAAGCCCGCCUCCAUCGUGUUUAUACAGUCAUAUCAACGAUAUCCAGAGGGAAAGGCACGGUUGUGCAAAGCAUAUUAUUACCUUCAACAGGGGAGGAGGGCGAUUCUGGAUGGUGGCGACCGAGCAGAUGCCUACCGAGAUCUACGGCUAAGUGCAAAUGAAUAUCGGAAUGCCAAGGAGUACUUCCCGAGGGAUGAUGAGUAUUAUUCUAUUUGUCUCGCCAAUGCCCUUGAAGCAUUGUUCAUGAGCAAGACCCCGCUUGUUGAAACUUCCGCAAUCAUCACUGAGCUUCGCUCUGCCUGGGCAGUGUCACUAAAAAUUUGGGGCCAGUCCUCUUAUGCUACAGGGGGCGGCAGAGCCAAGAUCGAGCGCCUAUUCCAAUUUCAAGACAAUGCCUUAAAAGCUGUCGCUGAUGGGGCCGGCGCAAUCGGGGAUCGGAUUGUCCCUGGCCGCCUUGGGAAUAGGAUCCUUUGA